AAAUAAAUAAAUAAAUAAACAAAUAAAUAAAUAAGAUUGAACGAAAAAGAGAAAAAAAAAAAUUAUCUUUAAAUUUAAUAUGAUAAAUAUUUGAAAUUCCAUUCGAAAAUUGUGUUAUUGUGGUAAAGUUCUCUGAACAUACUUGGAUAACUUCUUAAAUUGUUUUGAUUCAGCUGGGAAGAAGAUGAAGAUGACAUGGAAGAAUCAGAAGAAGAAACUUAACAAGAGAUGUGUUUCCUUAUUCGAAGAUGAAAAUCCUACACAUAAUUCCAAGGAGAAAGUUGCCGUAUCCCAUAGUGAUGGUGAUGAUGAUACAAUGAAGCUUGUGGAAUCCUUUCAAGAACAAGGAAAUAAGCUUGCUGAGGAAGGGAAAUAUCGUGAAGCACUUGGGAAGUGGGAAUCUGCUUUACUUUUGAUGCCAGAUCGUGCCAUUCUGCAUGAACAGAAGGCUCAAAUUUUGCUGGAACUUGGAGAAACCUGGAAGGCACUAAAAGCUGCUACUCGUGCAACUGAGUUGGAACCAAGCUGGGAUGAGGCGUGGGUCACCCUUGGUAGAGCACAGUUGAAUUAUGGUGAGCCUGAUAGUGCUAUCGAAAGCUUAGACAGAGCACUGGCCAUCAAGCCAGAUUCUACGGAGGCGCGUAAUGAUCGACAAGCUGCCUUGCAUCAUAUUCAGCGGAGAAAACAGUUACAGACAUCAGGCUUGAGCAUGAACCAAAACCGCUUUGCUGUAGUGGACAAAACUGAGAGCGCUUGAAGGUUUGAAAAUGUAGGGUAAAUCUUAUUACAGACGAUGCUUUGUUCCGAUAAGCCUGAUAAAAUCUGCCACAAGACUUCGAGUCACCGUUCAUCAAAAUGAUAUUGCAGCAAUAGUAAGGAUUGUAUAUGUAUAUAUCAGUGAGGAGAGAAUAUUUGGAAGGGUUGACAGGUGAUUAAACAUGAUGUGCGAUGCUGAAAUGUUUACUUGUAAUAUAGAUGAUCCACUAUGGCCUCUCGUGUCUCUGUUAGUUUGAUAAUUCAGGCUAGUAACAUCUACACGUUCUGGUGAGCAAAUAAAGUGAAUGACGUUUUUAACAUUCAAAAA